AUGCAACCCAGAAUAAAACAUGCCCAGAUAGGGCAGAUUGAUGGUUUCUAUCGAGAGGCAGGAGACCAUUCAAAUCCGGUCAUUCUGCUUCUUCACGGCUUUCCUAGCUCCUCUCACCAGUACCGUAACCUCAUACCCCUCCUCUCCACAUCGUACUGGGUCUUAGCCCCAGAUCUACCGGGGUUUGGAUUUACCACAGUUCCAUUCGACUAUAAGUACACAUUCGAGAAUCUCGCCACGUUCGUCGGCGACUUUCUCGAUCAUUUGCUCAUUGAACAGUUCUCGGUGUACAUAUUUGACUACGGUGCUCCCACUGCCCUCCGCCUCGCUCUUCAACGCCCGUCAAGCAUCACUGCUAUCAUAAGCCAAAACGGUAAUGCCUACGAAGAGGGGCUGGGCGGCUUCUGGGAUUUAAUCAAGCAUUACUGGGAAAGUGGCAAUCCAAGGGUCCGAGAAAAGUUGCGCCAUUACUUGCUUUCCUACGACACAACCAAAUCCCAGUAUGUCACUGGCUCUCCGGAUCCAGAGUCGAUACCCCCGGAAACAUACUUGCUCGAUUACACCCUUUUGUCUAGGCCCGGGAUUGGCGAUAUUCAACUGGACUUGAUCAGAGACUACAAGACAAAUCUCGUGCUCUAUCCCCAGUUCCAAAAUUACUUUCGAAGUUCUCAGGUUCCACUCCUUGCGGUUUGGGGCAAAAACGAUCCAAUCUUUACUCCUCCUGGGGCCGAGGCUUUCAAAAGAGAUUUGCCUAAUGCUGAAAUUCAUCUGCUGGAUGCAGGGCACUUUGCGUUAGAAACAGAUCUGGAGCGCAUCUCGGACUUGAUUCUGAAGUUCCUGCAAAAAACCUAA